GAGGCAGGGCCCGAGAUGGCGGCGCCCUGGAGGGCAUGAAAGGACCGCUCAUGUCUGUGAACGGAACGGUGUGGGGGCGUGUGCGGAGCCGUCUCCGAGCCUUCCCCGAGCAUCUGGCGGCCUGUGGAGCUGAGGCCUCGGCGUAUGGCAAGUGCGUGCAGCAGGCGUCCACCGCCCCAGGAGGCCGCCUGAGUAAGGACCUCUGCGUUCGCGAGUUCGAGGCCCUACGGAGCUGCUUCGCCGCCGCGGCCAAGAAGACCAUGAUGGGAGGCUCCUAGGAAGAGUGGUGGGCACGGGGACCCUGUCCUGACAGCACGCAUGUGGGCAGCAGAGUUCCUGCUGUGUAAUGGUUCCUCCCACCCUGAACCAUGGGCAGGCAGGGCAGGGCUAUUUCCCGGCAGUGUGUAUAUGAGGAUCUGGAUUUGGUUGAGAUGUAACAUGAAGAUGAUUUAAUUUUGUACA